ACAUUCACAAAUCGUCAGCGGAGGUCGGAACAACAACUACUCUCACAGUGGCGGCCCGACACCGACCAAAUUAGUCAGCCCGUUCCCGCAUCGAGAUGACACCUCUACAGGGGUCCCUCGGGGUCUUCCUGCUACUCUAUACGAUCACAGAUUACAUAGUUUCCUCAUCCCCCCUGCGACCCGCUAGUCCGGCGGUCAUUAAAGCAGGGGGGAUUGAGGAGGAUUGUACGGACUUCCAAGGAAAGACAAUCCCCCAUGGCCUCCUCUACGUUCCAGGACCAGCCGUUUGUACCAUGUGCGUCUGCUAUCAUUCCGAGCCGAUGUGGUGUAAAGCCAUCUACUGCGAUCCCCCAUACUUCUGCAAAAAGUUCCGCGUAGGCGAACGAUGUUGCGAGUUCAUUUGCCUGGACCCGCCCGGCGACGAGGCGAUGAAGAUGUUGGAGAGAUACCGACAGAAGUUGCGUCUCAAUGGCGGCGAGUCGAAGAAAAGUUUGGCCAUCACGUACCUCAUAUUGGUACCGUCGCUGGUGGUGAUUAUGAUUGUCUUGUGAUAUGUAGCCUACUAUGCUCCUAGAUUGUAUAAAUCCACCGUUUCGUACAUAUGAUAUUUAAUUAAUCCGUACAGAUGCUCAAGAUACACCGACCAAAUUCAUCACGUCUAACGCUUUGGAGAUAUUGAGGCCGGUACGAAUGUAUGAAUGCGAUUACGGUAAUCGAUGGAAACAAAUUUCAGCAGAUUUAUUUGCCUGUGCUGUACUUAAAAAUCUCCGCAUCAUGUUCUCGAACGUUGUCUUGGAUUUUCUGUAUUGACUGACGUAAAUAAGUCGGGAUGAAGGGAGUUUUCAUGCAUUUGUACGGGCACUCAAUAUUAAUCCUUCCGCAGUUUUCUUACGCUAACUGUUGGAAGUCACCUCUAGUAUGGAUCAAAAUUAAAUGGAGGACCCUAUGUUCUAAAAAUUUUAAAGACUAAUAAUAUUUUUGUAACAAAUUUGGAAUUUGAUAAAUUGAUUAGUUUUGUGCCAAAUCAUAAUUGACUUUUCUCGAUGACCUAUUUAUUUUACAGACCUUUGGUAAGAUUCACCAAAAAUUUAGUAAAGCUUUUUUCAUACUGAAACAUAUUUUAAUUAAUAAUAUUGUUUCACAAGAAUGUUGUGUUGAUAUGCAGAAUGAAAUAAAUGUUUUAUGUUG